AUGUGCAUUGCUGCUCCCAGCAAAAAAGAAGUCAGCUUUCUCAAGACCUGCAUCAAUGGCAUCAACACUCUAUCAGAUUGCAUUCACGUUGAUUUAGGGUUUGCGGUGAUGAGACUUAUGUAUAACAAUAUAACAACCCUCUGUGAAUCUGAAAGAUGCAUAGGCAUCUUAUCAGUCCCCUAUGCUCUAUCGUCAGCUGGUUGGUUAAGCCUUCCCCUAUUAAUUGUGAUCGCGGUCUGUGCUUACUUCACAGGCAACUUACUCCGCCGGUGCCUUGACUCUGACCCUGAAAUCUCCAGUUACUCUGACAUUGCUGGUCAUGCAUUCGGGCGGAAAGGAUGGAUUAUAGCAUCCAUUAUCAUAUGCCUUGAGCUCUACCUAGUGGCAACAGGAUUCCUUAUACUUGAAGGCGAUAACAUGAACAAAUUAUCCCCCAACUUUCAACUAAAACUCGGGCGACUGAAAAUCGAGGGGAGGCAUGCCUUUGUUAUUAUCUCGGGGUUGAUCAUAUUGCCCUCCGUGUGGCUAAAUGACUUGGGCGUCUUGUCAUAUAUUUCGGCUGGAGGGGUUUUAUCAUCACUAGUUAUCGUGAUUUGUGUUCUCUUAGUCGGCUUCACGAGAGAAGUUGGGUUUCACCCUGAGCAGAAGGUGAUCAGCUUGAGGGGAAUGCCCCUAGCAUUGAGCUUGUACACAUUUUGCUAUGGAGCUCAUGCUGUUUUCCCCACUAUAUAUUCUUCCAUGAACAAGAAAGGACAGUUCUCAAAGGUCUUGUGGCUGAGUUUCUUUGUUUGCACAACAAUCAACUUCUUGAUGGCCGUGAUAGGCUACCUUAUUUACGGACACAACGUUCAGCCCCAGAUAACCCUAAACCUUCCCACUGAGAAGUUCGCGUCAAAGGUUGCGAUAUACACCACACUGGUCGGCCCAAUUUCAAAAUACGCUCUCACGAUAAUGCCAAUCGCAUCUGCCUUGGAGAGCUUGCUGCCUCUAAAGUAUAGAAACAGGAAGUUGAUCCGAAUUAUGAUCAACACAGCUCUACUCGUCAGCAACGUGGUUCUGGCAAUUGCAUUCCCCUCCUUCCAGAGUCUUGCAUCACUCAUCGGGGCAAUCAUGAUAGUGCUUGUCUCUUUCGUGAUCCCUUGCGUUUGCUACGUGAAGAUCUUCGAAGUAUACCGGAGUUGGGGAACAGAGCUGUUAGGUAUCUCAGUGUUGAUAUUCUUGGCAAUCUUUGUUGGGGUUUCUGGUACUUACUCAUCUAUAGUUCAAACCAUACAUGAUGCUUAGGUUACCUGAGAAAGGCUUCUCUCAAGGGGCCGUUUGGAUUCAGAGU